UCCAACAGCAUUUUCUCUACUAGGAUCCAAAUUUCACAGUGCCCUGUGUCAGGUGGUACGUUGGGGUCCCAUCCCCAGAAGCCACCUUCCCUACUCCUCUUCAAAAAGCGGAGAGAGCUGGCCUCCCUCAAGCUUAGGGGCUCGGAGACUUCCGAGCUGCGUGGGGAGUUUGCGAUGGCCUCGCCUCCGGGUCCCCCAGGGACCACCGACCCCCCUUCACCGACCACCCACAGGACUAAAGGGGAUCUGCAGCUUUAAAUCCCGAAGGGUAGGAGGGGAUGCUCCAGUUGCCCGGGAGACAAACGCUCAACAUCCGGGCGCCCCAAGAGGCCGCUCUCUGGGCCGCAGACGUGCACCCUCGUGCACUCUCCAGAGCCGGAGAUGGGCGGCAGGAAGGAGCCGGAGGAGGUCCGGGUGGGAGAAGAGGACGUGGAGGAAGGGGAAGAGGAGACGGAAGAGGCCGAGAGCGAGGCUGAGGAGGACGAGGCGGGGGCGCAGCAGGGAAAGCUGGACCUGCUCCCCGAGAUACUAGAUCAGGAACUCUGGAAAGCCGUGGAGAUCCGUGAUGAUGGCAGCGCCGUCUUAACCAGCCCGGGGAGCCCCGGCCUGAGCUCCACCCGGGCGCCCAGCGAGCAGUCCAGCCUCACGUGGAGCGUCGAGGAGUCGCCCGGCCAGAGCACGCCUUCCAGCCGGCCGUCCCCGAGAAAUUAUCCUAAAAUAUUUCAGACAUUUCGGAAAGACGUGUCUGAAGUGACUGUAGAUAGAAUGAUGUAUCCAAAUUUAUAUCCAAAAGUUCCAAUUUCAGUACAAACAGAAGAAAGUUGGCUUCAAGAAAUUUCUUCCAAACAGCUCCCAAAAAUAAAACCAUCAUCCUUUGAAGUAAAGGAAUCGAUAUCAGAAUGCCUGGCUUCUAAGUUAAGAAGAAAAUGGGUAAUUAAUCCAGAAGAGCCCGAACUAAGCAUUUUAUGUGAAAUGGAGUUUAAGGAUGACUUUGCAGCAUUAUUUGUGCAUCCUCUAAGAACACUACCCAGCAUCGGACCACCACCCAUUCUGUCAUACAAAAAAGAGAGUUUCAACUUGGGCAUUAGUUUCAAGGAUGAAGAUGAGUUAUUGCCAAAGUGUGAAUUUUGUGGAAGUGAUCUACAGUCAUUUCUUUCCAAUGUGGAUAUUUGGUCUGACAGCAUUCGCAAUGAAAAAGGUCGUACCUGCUGUCUUCAGUUCCAAAACCUUGUGGACUACAUCUGUGAGGAAAAGCUAAACACCAAAAGCCCUAAACUUGAAUUAAUCAGCAUUAAGCCUCACGCAGCCCAUGGCAACGAUGUUGAUAGACUCAAGGCAAAGGAGAAAGCCCUGCAGAGAAAGCAGGAGCGGCAGAUGGCCAGACAUUUUGCAAUGAUACCAACUGGACAGAGCAUCAUAUCUGGUGAAGAUGCAAAGAACUCAAAAACUAUUUCUUACCAACUUUCCAUGGAUGUGCCUAAGAAAGAAAUAAGUGAUAACACAGCUGAUUUUCAGCUCAGCAAUAUAUCCAUUACUGGCUGUGAUUCUAGGAAGGCAUGUGGAAAGGUUGUGAGGAAUGAGCUCUUCGAGAAGCACUACAAGCACGGAAGCAAGUUUCUCACUUCAUUUCCAGAUGGGACAACACAAAUAUUGUAUCCUUUCUUUCCAUUCUUCAGAAAAGAGAGGUGGGCAGGGCCUGGUGGGAUAGGCCUGUAG